AUGGCUAGGGUCUCGAGCGUACGAGCUAAACCGGCCUGUUGUCCUAUACGCGUCAAAAUGCGCACAAUAAAUGUGGCUAGUUUGACAGGACAUCAAGGGCGACAGUUGGAGGAGGAAUCGCGUCUUACUGCAGCCAAGAGACCGAUGAUUAUUGUGGGUAGUGAAUGCUUACAGCGGCCGGACGGGCCCGCAAUUCACAGCAAUGCGCGCACGUUGGCCGGCCAACUUACGCCGUCCACAAAGGAUCAUCCAGUGUUCAACGUGCUGCACCGUUUUGCCAGUCAGGUUGCUGCUCUCGAUCUGGGCUAUACACCGAGUGUAAACCAAAUCAAGCAAGCCAAACCUCGUAUCCUGUUUCUCCUGGGCGCCGAUCGAGAAACAGUUACACGAGCGGAUCUUCCGAAGGAUUGCCUCGUUGUAUUUGUUGGCCAUCACGGAGAUCGGGGCGCUUCCAUGGCCGAUGUGGUGCUUCCUGGGGCCGCGUACACGGAGAAGAACGCAAUAUAUGCUAAUACGGAAGGGAGGGCCCAGCAUACCCAAUUGGCUGUCGUCCCACCAGGUUUGGGGCGAGAGGAUUGGCGCAUAUUCCGUGCGAUUUCUGAAGUUGUGGGUACACCACUUCCGUAUGAUAACUUGGAGCAAGUGCGCUAUCGAAUGGCCUCUAUCGCACCCGGUCUAACUGAAAUGAACAUAGUUCAACCUGCAUCUACCGAAAGUCGCCAUGCUGCGGAUCAACUUCUAAAGCUGGAUAAAAACACGCGAACCAUGAACACCAGACAACCGAUCGCCUUGAGUCUGCUCACCCUUUCGGACUACUUCAUCACUGACUGUAUCAGUCGAGCUUCACAGACCAUGGCCAAAUGUGUCAAGGCAAUCCACGACGCAGCCACAAAGACGUCUUGA